CGAAGAGCACGAAACUCGCUCUCAAAAAUAUUCCACAAAAAGUAAAACAAAAAUAAAUAUUAAAUAGAACAAAAAAGUGAGUUCUUAUCGUGCCCGGCUCACGUAAUCUAAUCGCAGCCGGCAAAAGGCGAGCAAAAGUCAGUGAGGUGAAUCAGUCGCGUGUUUGUUUCGGUGUGAUUCAGUUUUGGUUUGCGAUGAAGUUGUUUGUGGCACUUUUGCUGUCUCUGCUGCUGCUUGGCUGCUACAACUGGCAGCAGUUGCAGGCAGCGAACAUAUUGUGCAUCGUUGGCACCGCCGAGGAGAAUAAUCCCGCCUGGUCGGAGCCAUUCUUUGAGGCGCUCGUCGAUCGUGGACACAAAUUGACCAUUGUGGGUACUACAACAGACCCGGAAAUAAAAGGCAUUGAACAUAUUCAAAUUAAAAACAAUUACAAUGCGAAUAAUCAGUAUGUGAAGAAAGAUAAUCCCGCUUGGCAUGGCUGGGACAUCAAGCAGAUGCUCAACUGGAAUGAAGCCGUCUUGGGAAACUGUCGUGCAGUCAUACAAAAUGAACACCUGGAUGCUCUGAAAGGUUACUACGAUUUGAUCAUCUACGAUGCCACCUACACGGUGGAAUGUUUGCUGACCAGAUUGCCGCAGUUGCACAACAAACCGAUACUUGCUUUGAGUGGCGGCAAGUUGACUGCGGAUCUGUUGAGGCUCGUGAAUGCCGAGAACACAAUUAAUCCUGCGAGGAUUCCCUACUUUGCCAGCAAACUGCCUCUGGAGAUGAGCUACUGGCAGCGCAUACAGAACCAUCUCAUUUAUUUUGGCCAAUCAGCCAUUCGUUGGGGCGUCGUUGAACCUGUGUUAAGGGGCAUGUUACCGAACUUUAGACAGCCAGCGGUACAAAUUGUACUCUUGAAUACUCAUCCAGUGCUAGACUAUGUGCAGAACUUGCCACCCAAUGUCAUUGAAGUUGGUGGUCUUCACAUUCGUGCCGAGUCGUCGGCUUUGUCACUGGACUUGCAGUCCUUUGUGGAACGUUUUCCAGAGGGUCUUGUCUACAUUCAUCUGCCGCAUCUGAAGCAAUUCACGGACUCUGGUGUACAGGCAAUUCAGGACAUGCUCAAGGAGUUUACACAGUUUGGUUUCAUUUUGAAUUCAAAGCUAGAGUUGGCGAGAAAAUUUAACAAUUUGAAAACGGUCGAAGUUGAUAACAAAAUACAGCUGAAUAUACUAGCUCAAUCAAAUGUGAAGGCCUUUAUUAGUCACGGCGAUAGCUUUGGUCUGCAGGAAGCCAUUUACAAUGCAGUGCCAGUCAUCAUGUUACCACUAUUAUUUGAUCAGUUUAAUAAUGCUAAGCGCAUAGAAGAGCGUGAAUUGGGAAUUCGCAUUACUGCCAACUCUACAGGUUACUACGAUUUCGGCAAUGCCCUCCAGCGCAUCGUACGCGAACCCACCUUUUCAACCAACUUGCAACAAGCUCAGUUCAAUUUCCGUACUCGUAAGAUGAAGCCCGUGAAUGAGGCUAUUUGGUAUGUCGAACAGUUAGUGGCUGAUGCUGAUCAAUUCAAGCAUCUUUCGCAUUCACAAUCUGCGGAGCAAAGCUACUUUGUUAGCCAUUCGAUCGAUGUAUUGUUACUACCGGUUUUGUUCGUAUCUAUCUUCAUUAUCAAUCUAAUUGUGUUGAUACAUCAAGUCGUUAAGACCAAAAAUCCAAAUAAGGAUAAGACUAAAUUGAUUGAGAAAAAGUUCAAGGAGAAGCUUAAAGAAUUGGAAAAGAAAAAGUCGACAACAAAGAUCAAGGGCGUGGAGAAGAAAAAAUCAUCUGAGAAAGUGCUUUCAGCGGAAAAGAAACAAAACUAGUCUGAAUAUUGAUGGGAUUUAAGUGCGUGUAUUAUAGCUGUAAACAAAGCGUAUUAAAUAAAGAGUAAA